CCCCCCGGGCCAAUCAGCGCGCGGUCCGCGGCCGGAAGCGCGGCGGCGGCGCGGCGGCGAGUAACGGGAAGUGUCGGGCGUGUCCCGGAAGUGCGGGGGCGCGCGGGGCCUGGGCGGAUCCGCGGCGUUGGCAGCGCAGCGCGGAGCGAGCGAGACCGUGUGGUCACGUGUGUGAGGAUGGCAGAGCAGGAGCCAACGGCAGAGCAGCUGGCCCAGAUUGCAGCUGAGAAUGAGGAGGAUGAGCACUCUGUCAACUAUAAGCCACCUGCCCAGAAGAGCAUCCAGGAGAUCCAGGAGCUGGACAAGGACGAUGAGAGCCUGCGCAAGUACAAGGAGGCCCUGCUGGGCGCCGUCACCGUGAAUGCAGAUCCCAAUGCUCCAAAUGUGGUGGUGACCAAACUGACCUUGGUCUGUGCUACUGCUCCAGGGCCCCUGGAGCUGGACCUGACAGGUGAUCUAGAAAGCUACAAGAAGCAAGCAUUUGUGCUGAAGGAGGGCGUGGAAUACCGGAUAAAAAUCUCCUUUAGGGUAAACAGGGAGAUUGUGUCAGGAUUGAAGUACAUCCAGCACACAUUCCGGAAAGGUGUGAAAAUUGACAAGACUGAAUACAUGGUUGGGAGCUAUGGCCCCCGAGCAGAGGAGUACGAGUUUCUGACCCCCAUGGAAGAGGCCCCAAAGGGCAUGCUCGCCCGGGGCAGCUACAACAUCAAAUCCAAGUUCACAGAUGAUGAUAAGACUGACCACCUGUCCUGGGAGUGGAACCUGACCAUCAAGAAGGAUUGGAAGGACUAGCCCUUCCUGAGGCCAAACCCCAGAGAGCGUGAAUCAGACAGUGGCUACCGUAGAAUUCCCCCCCUGUACCAAAGUGCUGACAUUGGAACCCUCUUACCUGUCACCCCCAUUAUCAUUUGACCAGAGAGCUCAGUUUUUUAUGUGCCCCCUCCCCAGAGAAUUGCUGAGUGCAUUGACCAAACCAUGCUGUCUGCAUCUGGUCUCCAGCUGCCCGUCCUGGGGCUGUGCUGCCCCAGCACUGAGGGGAGUGCCCACUCCCUUGCCAGGCCCUUUCUUGCUUCCCACCUUCCUUUAUCCAGGAGGUGCCAAAGGGGAGGAACCCCUGUUAGGAUCCUGUGCUUGGCUUUCCUGCGCACAGCUCAGGGUAGCUACUGCCUCCAAGUAGCUGAAGAAUUUUGGUGCCAGGCAGCUGUCAAAUCAGUUUAUUGGCUCAAGUGUUGUCUGCCUGCCCUUUCCGCCCUGUCAGUGUCCUGGGCAGCUUCAUUUGUGGAUGUUCCCUGUAACCAUGAUGCCUUAAAUGUGUAACAUGUAUCCUCUAGGGAGGGGGUCCUGCCUCUGUUACACUUUUUAAACGCCACCUGCCCUCCCCAUCUGUUGGCAUGGGCUCAGCUUCCUCACGCCCCUCAUGUGUUAUUAGGAAAGAUUCACAACUUCCCACUUCACUGCUGGUCCGUUCCUCACCCGAGACAGGACAUCUCCAGAGGGGGGAGGGU